CUCCAAAGAGAGGCCUUUAACAAGACAAAGCUUGAUAAUAUCGCACUCAGGUUGGUUAACAACGCUGAUUCCGAGAUUAAGACAUGGCGUUCAACUCAAAUUUAUAAAAAAAAAACUUAUGAUAGAGGAUUCGGAAGUUAUGACAUAAACGUUUUGGAUAUAGCCCUUAAGGAAUUUGAUUUGGAGGUACAAUGGUUUGAUGCACGCAAAGACAUCCGUACAGUUGUUCAAUUUACCGACCCAACACUUUUCGGGAUCAUUCUGAACAUUCCCACAACGCGAUUUUACUUUUGGAAAUGUUAUCAUUGGCUCGCAAUCAAACCGAUUUAUGGAAACAACAUUUAUGAAGAGACAGUAAUUUACAACCUAGACUCGAAAUUGAGUAAACCUGAAAAAUUUGAUGACGUUGAUCAGGUAUAUAGAUUUCUUGAAAACAUCGUUUAUCACAAAGAUGGACAGCUCAUACUUGUCAAAUCAACGCCAAAAAUUGAGGGCUCCGAUAUUGAUUGA